AUGGCUGAAUCCAAGGUGAGUUUGAAGCUUAUGAUUGAUACAAAAAGCAAAAGUCUUAUAUCCGCUGAAGCUGGCAAAGACUCAUGGGCAGACGAAGGAUGUAGUUUGAAACCGAAGGUGCAAACUCCCAUUACUUCAGUUCCUCUCUUACUUCUCAAUGAUGCACCAACUGAGAAGUGCUUUUACAAAUGCCCUGAUUCUUAUCCUGUUUCCUUUAUUACCGAUGACCCCACUGUGACGUGUCCCAAUUGCCGUAAAUUUAUGAAGCAGCAGAUAAAAUACAUUGCUCCUGCCCGCGUGAACCAAUUGUUGAAUGCGGGUGGAGGAUUGGUGAAAGGAGUGGUCACUUACAUGGUAAUGGAUGAUCUGAUGGUGAAGCCAGUGUCCGCAAUUUCGAGCAUUGCUUCGCUGAACCAGUUUAAUGUGAAGGAAGUGGGUACACUACAGGAAAAGGAGGUGAACUUUGGGAUGAAAGAGGCUUUGAAGCUGUUGAAGGCAUCUCUUUGCACCAAUAAGGUUCUAACGACUGUGUUCCUGAAUGAUAUCUGA